AUGCCGCUCGAAUAUUUGCAAAUGUUUGUUUAUCUGCUACACAAAUCCAAGUACCGAAGAAAAUGUAGGAUCGGCCCGGGCCGCCACUCGGAGCUAUGCCAUCUUUCGCUGGUGCUGCUUGCCCUGUCGUGCCAGUUUCGGCCACUGAUGGUGCACGGAUCCAGCCAAGGGCUGGCCGCACUGGCCGAGACGGGUGGCAAGUGUGCGGAGGUACGAUGCAUGAACGGCGGAGUCUGCAGGAACGGAACUUGCCUCUGCCCGGACGGCUGGCAGGGCUCGGAGUGCCAGUUCUGUGGCGGCAAAGUUAGACUGACAGACGCGGCGGGGAGCAUUCACGAUGGGCUUGGCAACUACUCGAUCGGUGUGAAGUGUAGUUGGUUAAUCGAUGCCCGCGAUCACAACAGCAUUACCGAUAAGGUAUCAACUCCGCCGCCCCAGCGCUCGAUUAUUCGGUUGCACCUGGAAGAGUUUGCGACCGAGUGUGGCUGGGACCAUCUGUACGUGUACGAUGGCGAUUCGGUCGAGUCGCCCCUACUAGCCGUGUUCAGUGGCCUGAUGUACCGGCAAAACUUUACCAUCCGUCGAAUACCGGAGGUGUUUGCCCACUCGGGAUCCGCCCUCCUGCACUUUUUCAGCGAUGACGCCUACAAUAUGUCGGGCUUCAACAUCUCGUACCAGGUGAACGCCUGUCCGACGAAUGAUUCGCGUGUAAACUGCUCCGGUAACGGUGUCUGUCAAGGUGGGGAGUGUAGCUGCAGUCACGGCUUCACCGGUGCGGCCUGCAACAUUCCGCGCUGUCCGCGCUACUGUUCGGCCCACCUGGGUCGCGGUUGGUGCGACACGAAGCAGCAGCGUUGCAUCUGCAAGCAUGGCUUUAUCGGCAACGAUUGCUCGCAAGAAAUCGCACACGGCUUCUGGACGGCGAUCGAUGCAGGCGAAGCAGAAGGUUUCACCCCACCGGGCAGCGCAUCGCACGGAGCGGCUGUCUUCCACGACACUCUGUACGUGGUGGCCGGCGAAAGCUACGGCAAGGCUAAGGCUCUGCUCUACAUGUACGAUUUUAAUGGCAAGGUGUGGGAAACGGCACACAGUGACAGCAAGCCCUCGCCAGAGCUGCGGUACGGUGCGUCGACAGUGAUCUUCGGCGAUAAGAUUUUCAUGUACGGCGGUGUCAUUGAGGGCCGCGGUGUGUGCGGUGAGUUGUGGGCGUUCGACGUGAGCGCCAAGAUUUGGGAGAACAUCACGGUCAAAUCGGAACAGUGCAACGAUACGUACGAGAUGUGCGGUCCGCUCCGCUCCGCCGGCCACACGGCCACGAUCGUGACCAACUACGAGCCCACGGGGACAGGCGGGGCGAAGAAAGUGACACCCGGUGGCGGCAGCGCGCAAAAGAUGGUCGUCAUCUUCGGCCACUCGCCACAGUUUGGCUACCUGAACACGGUGCAGGAGUUUAACUUUGGGACUCGCGAAUGGAAGAUCGUCCGCACGCGCGGCUACCCGGUGAAGGGUGGUUACGGUCACUCGGCCGCCUACGAUCCACUGCGCGAGCGCAUCUUCGUGUACGGUGGGAUCGUGUCCGAGAGCGACAGUUCGCAACUGUUGAGCAACAAACUGUACAGCUUCGAUCCCCAUGCGCGCCUAUGGACACUGCUGGAAACCGCUCCGACGGCGCGCUUCCUUCACACGGCGUCCUUCGUUACGCCCGGACUCAUGAUGGUGUUUGGCGGCAACACGCACAACGACACGUCGCACAGUUUCGGGGCCAAGUGCUACAGUCGCGAUCUGAUGGUGUACGACGUCCUGUGUGACUCGUGGCACGUGCAGCCGAUGCCGGAGGAGCUGUACGCCGAUCUGGCUCGCUUUGGUCAUUCUGCGGCGGUGUUCGAGCGAUCACUCUACAUCUACGGGGGCUUCGACGGGCAGAUGAUAAACGACAUGCUGAAGUUUACGCCCGGCGACUGCCGGUCGCUAAACCGCUCGGAACUGUGCCUAAAUGCGCGGCCCGGCGUGAAGUGUGUUUGGGACAUCCAGCGUGGUAAGUGUUUGGCGGUGAUGGACGUGCAGCGUGAGCGACUGUUCGACCGGGACCAGGAAAGUUUGGAGGUGUGCCCGAAGGAGAGCCGCCUCGUGAUGACCCAGCAGGUGCUGGCGGAUUAUGAGCUGUGCAGCCAGCUGACGACGUGCCAGGGCUGCGUGUCGACCGCGUACGGGUGCAUGUUUUGUGGGAUCGGCAGCGGGAAGGGCAUCUGCGUGAAGGAGAAAUGCCCCGACGUCUCGUACACGUACCGCGCGGACUUUUAUCCCACGAAAGCCCUUAAAGACUGUCCGGACGGCGAGGAACACGUGUGCGGACAACUGCACGGGUGCCACGCGUGCUCGGCGGUCAGCGUGUGCCACUGGGACUACGAGCACAGUCGGUGCCAGUAUAGUCGCAACAAGUCAGGCGACGCCUUGAACGAUGCGUGUCCGCCCGCCUGUUCCGGUCUAACGUCGUGUGGGAACUGUACACAGGAAGAGUGCAUUUGGUGCCAGAACGAGCAGCGGUGCGUUGACAAGAACGCGUACACGGCCAGCUUCCCAUACGGCCAGUGCCGGGAGUGGACUACAGGAUCGAACAAGUGUCGCGCGGCAAGCAGUGGCAAGAGUCAGUGCGGGUUUUACCGGACCUGCGGCCAAUGUCGCGAUGAUCCGGCGUGCGGUUGGUGCGAUGACGGGUCGAUGACGGGACUGGGCAAGUGUCUUCCCGGUGGCGACAGUGGUGCUCACGAAGAGCUAGAAUGUCCGGCCCAGCGGUGGCACUUUACGCACUGUCCUAGCUGUCAGUGCAACGGCCAUAGUACAUGCCCGGACUCGAAAACUUGUCUCCAGCCGUGCAGUCACCUGACGAUUGGGGCUAAUUGCGAAAAGUGUAAAUCGGGCUACUGGGGAAAUCCGGUCAAUGGUGGAGUGUGCCAGAAGUGUGAGUGUAACGGGCAGGCACAGUACUGCCACAGUGAGACGGGCAAGUGUUUCUGCAGCACGAAGGGGCUGGCCGGUGAUCACUGCGAAAAAUGCGACGCGACCAACCACUAUCACGGCGAUCCGAGCCGCGGUUCGUGCUAUUACGAUCUCACGAUCGACUAUCAGUUCACGUUCAAUCUGUCCAAGAAAGAGGAUCGCCACUUUACGCAGAUCAACUUCCGCAACUCGCCCGUCAAACAGGACAUCGACGCGGACUUUAGCAUUACGUGCAGUGUGGCCGCACGGAUGAAUAUCACCGUUCGAGUGACGGGCGGCAUGGAGAAGCCGCUGUUUUCCGCCGUAAACUGCUCCACCUUUCGGUACCGGUUCUCCAAGCUCGAGCAUCCGUUUGGCAUCGAGGACAACGUGACACUCUCCACGUUCUACGUGUAUGUGUACGACUUUCAGCCACCGCUCUGGAUACAGAUUGCUUUCUCGCAGUAUCCGAAACUGAAUUUACAACAAUUUUUCAUCACCUUCUCCACGUGUUUCCUUUUGCUUCUCGUAAUGGCGGCGAUCCUGUGGAAGAUAAAGCAACAUUACGACAUGUUCCGGCGCCGACAGCGACUGUUUGUCGAGAUGGAACAGAUGGCCUCGCGGCCGUUUUCUCAGGUCCUGGUGGAGAUUGAGAGUAGAGAGUACAAUGAGCUCUCGCCCGCGGUGGAGAACAUUACUGCCGCUCCGAGAAAGCGUAAAAAGGAUUCACCAAGCCCAAUUGCACUGGAGCCAUGCGAGGGCAACAGGGCGGCGGUACUCUCGCUUCUAGUCCGGCUACCAACGGGUGGCCUUCAACAUUCUCCUCCUGGUCAAUCGGCAGGUCUUGCCGUAGCAAGUGCAUUAGUAACGUUAGGAAACCCACGACGACCGUCGAUAGAACAUCCGAAGGAACCUAAGACUAAGCGUAAGCAGAGCCAACAUCCUGAUAGUUGUAUAUAAUAGGUCUGUAGAGGUGCAUGUGUUUAUCGACACAACUCUCCAAUGCCACAAGCUGGUCCAAACUCCCUUUCCCUGACCUUCCGCCUCCGCUAGAAAUGCAGCCACCUGUUGUGAACGGUGGAGUAUUGUUGUAAGAUAAACAUGUCGACGGGAAGGAUCGUAUGCCGUGAUCCAUCGAUCAAUCGAUCGAUCUUUGUGAUGAUUUCACUAAGGACUGACAGAGAGGCAGGUUGAAUAAACAGUGUGGUUGGACGAACACACAACCAGAGAGCGGGUGUAAGUGGCCGUGUGAGAUAACCUUGUGGGAGGGUAUAUACAAAGGGAGUCUGAUACUUUGCAACGCAUCAGCGAAACUUUAGCAGGACAAAAAUAAUACUAAUAAUUAAUAAUAAUACCAAUAAUCAUAGUGUCAGAAUCAGAGGAACGGAAGGCGUUUGUUCGGACCUUACUUUUAUCUAUUACUUCUCGGUCUCGAUUGUUGUUCCAUCGCAUUUGCAUAAAGGGGGUUUCCAGAUCUGUGGCUCACGCUUUCCGAUCCCAUGGCGCUGCUGCUCCGAAAGCAGACAGUCUCCAGGCGAUGCACGAAGUUACCGUCGCGGUGAACAAGUACCUUGUCCAAUGAAGCGAAGGCUCAGAGUUUCGCGUUUUUUUGUUGGUGUAUGUGGCUAACACAAUUAAGGUUUGUCGCAAGUUUGUUUCGAGCCGAUAAAGAAUUGUAAAGCGAGUUUUUAAAAGAGCAAGAAUUACAUGUUGAGUGGUAAGAAGAACAAAAAUUGACAAUUAUUUAAUGUUUUCCCACCGACCAAAGGGGUUUCGCAAAAGGUGAUUGCGAACCACACGAAAACGGGGUUGGUGAUGAGUAAACGAUGAAGCUGGAUAAGACGGAAUGGACAUACUGGCUUGAUUGUUCCACCGUUCGAUGUGCCGAUGAUUAUCUUUACGAUUCCUGAUUUGUUUUCGUUAUCCGUUUUCACACACAUAUCAUUACAUAGCAAUGGUUCAUUUGGCUAGUUUUCCGAUACACUGGCUCUCCUCAUUGCGACCAUCGAAAGCGCACAUCACGUGUUCGCUCGACACGUUAAAAAGGGUAUUUCCAACAGUUGCCUUCGCAGCGGCAUGCAAACCAUGGCAAAAUACUCAACGCGCGAAUUAAGUAUAAAAGCUGGUAAGCGUGGGAAACUCCCAAAUUUAACUGCCUACAACUCGCACUCGCUAUCAUCUUCAUAAGAUGUGUUCUAUUGUUUCUUUCUGUUUCUGUUUGGGUAAAAUGGGAAGGCAGCAAACAGUCGCGAAAGCACGCUUGGCGAUGACACGAGUUAACUCGUGUCGAUCCCUUUCAGUCCCUCGCUUUUCGAUGUGCACCCAUGUGUCUAACACUAAUUUUCCGAACACAUCGCGCACCCGGUGCUGACAUGAACACCGCCAAACUCAUGUUAUCGAUUUUAUCUGAAUGACUGAACUCACCAUAGAAAGAGGAUCUGCUUACGUGUUGAGCAUGGGUUUUAAAAUGGGCAAUGCCGAGACGGAACUGCGAAUCGAACAAAAAUCGUUACUGGAUCGUAGGGUAACGCAGGAAAAGAAAACAGGAGCUAAGCAACUUUGUAUGCGCAGUAUCGCGCGCAAUGAUAGAUAUCUAAUGGCCAGGGGUGGAAAGAAUGCAGCCGGCAUUGUGCACGACAACAGCUGGAACUAAUAAAGGAAAGUUUUCUGGACGAAUAGGGGGCGGAAAAAAGUAAACAUUGUGAUUAUUAGAUAUUUAUUAACUGAAGAUAACAAAUUUGGUUUUUUGCUUCGAUUUUGUGUGUGUGUGUUUUUUAAAUCUACUUCACAUUUCUUAGCCAAGGUUAUAUGUGUCCGGUUGGUGAGAAAGGAAAGUAUAUGACGAGAUGGAAAAACAUCGUUUCUAGUAACGCUAAGUUUCCUGCCAAUAAUACUAUCUGAGUGCAGGAUAGGAUGGAACUCUGAAUUACAACAAUGGCUCCACUGCGCCAGUAGCGAUAGGUUUCAGUAUCUAUGUUGCGUUUUGUUUUUGCAAAGCACGUUACAAAGCUAGAGGCGGAAGAGAAAAUACAGGAUCAAACAGCAAACGGUCGAAUCUUAGCAUACGACCAAAACAAACAAGGAACAUCAAAAUCAAAACUAGAGUGGAUAAAACUGAAGGGAAAGAAUGCAAACGCGGUCUCAAACGAUAGAACAAGGAUACUAAAAUCGCAACGAAUAAUAAAACGAAAGAAGGUAAAUGGCCGGGUCCACGUGGCCAAUAGUUUAGUAGAAUGCUGCGGGGAGGACUAUGUUUCUGUCGGUAGCGAACUGUGAAUAUACGUAUAAUGCGCAUACGCAAAGAUAUUAAGCGGUGUAUCACUUUUAAGGCACGAAAAUAUAGCAGGCUGGGUGUAUGUUUGUUCUUGAUUUGUUUGGUUAGUUAGUUGGUUUGUUUCUUCCGCACGAUGGAUCCAGGAUGGAUGGCCCCGGGCGGUUUCGGCCGAGCGAACGAGAAGCAAUAAGUUGCGAGCAACCGGAUUUAGUCAGACGCACUGUGACUGAACCGAACUUAGGGACAGUGCGGACGAAAGAUAGAUGCGAUGCUAUGCAGAUAGGCCGUAAUGUGCGUAUGGCAGUUUUAAACCACGAUCGUAGUAAGCAGAGGAUACGAAUAGCAGGGGAAGUUGGAGCAAUGUACUCCCGCAGACCGAGUGGUUUGUGUUUUGCUUAGCAGAAGUGAGAAACUAGAUUUGCGUGUUCAUACAAACCGGAAACUCAACCGACUCACUCACGAAAAUCCAGACAACAACAAAAAACGAAAACUAAGUAUUUU